AGUCCGGUCCCCGGCACCGCCACUGAGUCCGGGCGCCCCGCCAUGCCGCGGGCCCGGGCGCCCCUGUACGCCUGCCUGCUUGGGCUCUGCGCGCUCGUGCCCGGGCUCCCAGGUCUCAACAUAUGCACUAGUGGAAGUGCCACAUCAUGUGAAGAAUGUCUGCUCAUCCACCCAAAAUGUGCCUGGUGCUCCAAAGAGGACUUUAGCAGCCUGCGGUCAGUCACCUCCCGGUGUGACCUGAGGGAAAACCUCCUCAAAAAUGGAUGUGAGGACGAGAUCGAGAGCCCAGCCAGCAGCACUCAUGUCUUGAGGAACCAGCCUCUUAGCAGCAAGGGCUCUGGCUCCUCCGGCUCAGAUGUCAUUCAGAUGACGCCGCAGGAGGUUGCUGUGUACCUGCGGCCAGGUAACAAGACUGCCUUCCAGCUGCAGGUCCGCCAGGUGGAGGAUUACCCCGUGGACCUGUACUACCUGAUGGAUCUCUCCCUGUCCAUGAAGGAUGACUUGGACAACAUCUGGAACUUGGGCACCAAGCUGGCUGACGAGAUGAGGAAGCUCACCAGCAAUUUCCGAUUGGGAUUUGGCUCUUUCGUAGACAAGAGCAUCUCCCCUUUCUCCUAUACAGCUCCACGAUACCAGACCAAUCCAUGCAUUGGUUACAAGUUGUUUCCAAACUGUGUCCCAUCCUUUGGGUUCCGCCAUCUGCUGCCUCUCACAGACAGAGUCGACAGCUUCAACGAGGAAGUUAGGAAACAGAGAGUGUCCCGGAACCGAGAUGCUCCCGAAGGAGGCUUCGAUGCAAUUCUUCAGGCUGCUGUGUGCAAGGAGAAGAUCGGCUGGCGGAAGGAUGCGUUACACUUGCUGGUGUUCACGACGGAUGACGUGCCACACAUCGCCCUGGAUGGGAAACUGGGGGGCCUGGUGCAGCCGCACGAUGGCCAGUGCCACCUGAACGAGGCCAAUGAGUACAGUGCAUCCAACCAGAUGGACUAUCCAUCUCUUGCUUUGCUUGGAGAGAAGUUGGCAGAGAACAACAUCAACCUCAUCUUUGCAGUGACAAAAAGUCAUUAUUUGCUUUAUAAGAAUUUUACGGACCUGAUACCUGGAACAACAGUGGAGAUUUUGCAUGGAGACUCCAAAAAUAUCAUUCAACUGAUCAUCAAUGCAUACAGUAGUAUUAGGUCUAAAGUGGAGCUGUCAGUCUGGGAUCAACCUGAGGACCUCAACCUCUUUUUCACUGCCACCUGCCAAGAUGGUGUAUCCUACCCAGGUCAGAGGAAGUGUGAGGCCCUCAAAAUUGGAGACACAGCAACCUUUGAUGUGUCGGUGGAGGCCCGGAGCUGCCCCAGCAAACCCACAGAACACAGGUUCACCCUGCGGCCUGUGGGGUUUCGGGACAGCCUGGAGGUGGCCGUCACCUACAGCUGCCCGUGUGGCUGCAGUGCCAGGCUGGAGCUGGACAGUGCCCGCUGCAGCGGUAAUGGGACCUAUACCUGCGGGCUGUGUGAGUGCAACCCCACCUACCUGGGCACCAAGUGUGAGUGCCAGGAAGGCGAGAACCAGAGCGAGUACCAGAACCUGUGCCGGGAGGCUGAGGGGAAGCCGCUGUGCAGCGGGCGCGGGGAGUGCAGCUGCAACCAGUGCUCCUGCUUUGAGAACGAAUUCGGGAAGAUCUACGGGCCUUUCUGCGAGUGCGACAACUUCUCCUGUGCCAGAAACAAGGGAGUCCUCUGCUCAGGCCACGGGGAGUGCCACUGUGGAGAAUGCAAGUGCCACAUAGGUUACAUCGGGGACAACUGUAACUGCUCGACAGAUAUCAGCACGUGCCAGGCCAAGGAUGGCCAGAUCUGCAGCAACCGCGGGCGCUGCGUCUGCGGGCAGUGCCAGUGCACGGAGCCGGGAGCCUUUGGGGAGAUGUGUGAGAAGUGCCCAACCUGCCCUGAUGCCUGCAACACCAAGAGGGAUUGUGUAGAGUGUUUGCUGCUUCACUCAGGGAAACCGGCUGGUAACCAGACGUGCCACAGCUAUUGCAAGGAUGAGGUGGUUACGUGGGCGGACACCAUCGUGAACGAUGACCAGGAGGCUGUGCUUUGCUUCUACAAAACCGCCCGGGACUGCGUCAUGAUGUUCACCUACGUGGAGCUCCCGAGCGGAAAGACCAACCUGACAGUCCUCAAGGAGCCAGAGUGUGGGACCGCCCCCAGUGCCAUGACCAUCCUGCUGGCCGUGGUGGGCAGCAUCCUGCUGAUCGGAAUUGCACUCCUGGCGAUCUGGAAGCUGCUCGUCACCAUCCAUGACCGGAGAGAGUUUGCAAAGUUUCAGAGUGAGCGAUCCAGGGCCCGCUAUGAGAUGGCAUCAAACCCUCUGUACAGAAAGCCCAUCUCCACACACACUGUGGACUUCACCUUCAACAAGUUCAACAAAUCCUACAAUGGCACAGUGGAUUGA